AUGGAAUCUGGUUUCAGCAAAGCUUAUGCUUCGUUAUCUGUGAAGUUUUUGAAUGUAGGAGAUCUGUAUUGGUUUCUGAAUGUUUCCUUUGUGUUUAAUGUAGUGCAUGCCUCCAGUGUGGAAAGCUGUUUUGGGCACCGGGACAAGGCCUUGGAAGAAGUGAGAAAGUGUCUGAAAAUACUUGAGAGUGUAUUUAAGGGAAAGAAAUUCUUUGGGGGAGACACCACAGGACUACUUAAUAUUCAACAAGAUUCAGGACUAGAUUUUUUGACAGCAGAUGAGUGCCCUGUGUUGAUCAAAUGCUGUGAAGAGUUUGUAGACUGCAACGUUGUUAAGCGACACCUGCCUCCUACACAUAAACUAAUCGCCUUUCUAAAGAAUUGGCUAUCUGGCAAUGGAUGGACCGAUUAA